GAGCUGUAAAUAAAAAUAAUUUAAGAUGGGCGCUGCGUUCUUCCCGUUGUUGUUUUUCACUGCCGUCUGGGGUGCUGUGGGCAUUGGUAUGCCAAUUAUGACACCGAAGGGACCACAUCAGAAUUUAAUACGUUGCAUCCUGAUGCUGACUGCGGCUUGCUGCUGGCUGUUCUGGCUCUGUUGCUACAUGGCCCAAAUGAAUCCACUGAUUGGCCCGAGACUAAAGCGUCAUGCUUUGGCCAUGAUUGCGAAGUCAUGGGGUAAUAAGCUUGUAGAGGGCUAAAAUGUAUCUACUAUGUAUCUACACAAAUUGCAGUUUAACUACGUGUUGUUGAAAAACUAUGUUAUUCCAAUAAAUUACCAAACAAAUAA